AUGAAUGCCCAGCCGUGUCGUCCUCGCGGCGGCGAGAACGCCAAACCCGCCCUCCACCAGAAACACAAGUCGACCGGAAAUCUACAGACGAACGCGUCAAUGGCUGGUGUUCGCGCGCCAGCUAAGCGUGCUGCCUUCGCCGACCUGACGAACAUCGCGAAACAUAACAACAACGGGACGAAGGAUGGAGCAAAGAUCCACAAGGCCAAGUCAAUGUACCUGGGCCAUGGGAAGAACGGUGACUACGUGAAGCCACAGAGCAUCACCAUCCGGAAAGAGAACGUGCCCUCGACGAGGGUUUCAUAUCCUCCUAAACCUGCACCUCAGCCCGCUGCAGCACCUCAGCUCAAGACAUUUAACGUUGCCCAGAAGACCAAGCAACCUGCUCUUGUCGAGGCCAAGAUUGACGAGGAACCGCUGCAGGAGGAAGAACCUCACGCCGUCGUCCAAGUGAAAGACGCUUCCUCGCAUCCACUGCAACCUCGUCACCACAAGAGCCAGCCACAGUUGAAGCAGGAGCAGCCUGCACUUCGCCGGACACAGAGUCGCCAAUUGGAGCGGACUGAAUCGGUCGAAACAAUUGAUGACACCGUUGACCUGGUGCCUAUUGAGAUGAUGGAGCGGGACACAUUGGCGGACAUGCUUGCAGAGGGCCCAGUGCAGCAAGCAGUUGACGGAAUCUACGAGACCGCCCGUAUGCCUGAGGAGCCCCAAGUGGAGCGUCUCUCGAGGCUAUCGGAAAUCAUUGAGGGGGAUGGAGUUCUCUCCGCAAUUCACAACACAGAUGGGCCGACGCCUGGUCUCUCGGAGCCUGAAGAGUGGUGGGACGAAGAAGACGAAGAGUAUGAAGAUGCUGACCAAGGAUACACCACGGCUCGCUCUGUGCAGCCUGGUGACUUCACUCACGGCGGCAUGACGACUCUUCUCCAGCCCAAGGUCACAACGCGCAUCCAGAGAGAGAUGGAGGAGGCCCGAAUCUUUGUCGAAUCGACUCGGGCCCCGGAAGAUGUUGAGGACGAGGCGUGGGAUGUCAGCAUGGUCGCCGAGUACGGAGACGAUAUCUUCGCCUACAUGCGAAAGCUUGAGGCAUCCAUGCUCCCUAACCCUCAUUAUAUCGAGUUCCAGACCGAGAUUCAAUGGUCGAUGCGAGCAGUCUUGAUGGAGUGGCUCGUCCAGGUGCACCAGCGGUUCACCCUUCUCCCCGAGACCUUGUUUCUCACCGUCAACUACAUCGACCGCUUCCUAUCCGCCAAGGUUGUGUCCAUAGGGAAGCUGCAGCUUGUAGGAGCAACAGCCCUGCUGGUCGCGUCAAAGUACGAAGAGAUCAACUGCCCAUCACUGAGCGAGCUGGUCUACAUGGUUGAGGAGGGGUACAGCGCCGAGGAGAUCAUCAAGGCUGAGCGCUUCAUGCUUAGCAUGCUGAACUUCGAGCUUGGAUGGCCCGGUCCGAUGAGCUUCCUGCGCCGUGUCAGCAAGGCCGACGACUACGAUCUGGACACACGUACGCUGGCCAAGUACUUUCUCGAGCUCACCAUUGUGGACGAGCGCUUUGUCGCUUCGCCCCCCAGCUUCCUCGCUGCGGGUGCCCAUUGCCUUGCGCGCUUGGUCCUCAACAAGGGUGACUGGGGUCUUGCCCAUGUUCACUACUCGGGUUACACCUAUGGCCAGCUUCAACCCCUGGUGGUGAUGCUGAUUGAGUGCUGCGAGAUCGCGAUGGACCACCACAGCGUCAUCUUUGAGAAGUAUACCGACCCCCGCUUCAAGAAGUGCUCUAUCCUCGUGCAGAAGGUCCUCGAUAGCGGGUUCGCGCUGCCACACCACAGUAUGCCUGUACGCAAGCGUCUCCAGACCCAGGCUUUCUUUGAAGAAAGCCACCCUUGCUUCCCCCGCCAAAUCUAG